CCCCUCUCGAGUCCUCUCUGCCGUGCCCUGCCUCUGCGUCGAACCAUUUGCCCAACAUUUCCAGUUUUUUGGCUCCUGAACCUGAUUAGCUUUCCGUCGCGUCUGCGCACCGGCUCCCUUCCCUCCCUUUCUCUCCCACCCGCGAAUCUCCGGGCCCACACGUAAGUUAUGCGCAGGCUGCGAGGCUAAGAUUAGGCGACGGCCAAGGAUAGGCGGUGCAGAUUGAACGCAGGCCAAGGGCGUCUCCCAUUUCUGGCGACUGGCGGGGGCCAUUCAAUACCUCGAGGUGGUGUCGCUGCUGCGGACCCACCGCGAAGCCAAGAAGGGGGCGUCCAAGAACCCGCUACGUUGCUCUGGGGUUCGUCCGACGGCCGGCGGGGUGCCCAUAUAUAUAUACGCACAUCUCCUCCCCCUCCUCCCCGUUUCUGUGCUACGUUACUCCCUCUCGUCCUCGUCCACUCACGCAAUCGAACAACUUCUCUGAUCACUUCGCCCAGCCUUAAGCAACGAUGACGACGCCGACGACGAUCUUCCUCACCCCGCCCACCCCCGCGCCGCUCGAACCCACCGACCGGUCCUACUUCCGCGCACGCUCGUCCUCCUCCUCCUCGUCCUCCUCCGCCUUCUCCAUCUUCUCCGCCGCGUCCUCCAGAGCCUCAUCGACCUCGACCGCGCUCACCUCCCGCGCCUCCGACUGCGGCUCGGACGAAGACAGCAGCAGCAGCAGCAGCAAAUACGUUCCCGUCCACCGGCGCACCUCCUCGUCCUCCUCCACCGCCUCGUCGCUCUCUUCAAAACGGCCCUUCUCAAGCCAGAACCACAGCCAGCUGCUCUCUCCCACCUCCCCCGCACGCGGGCGAUCCUCGGGCGGCCCCAAGUCCGACCCGCCGCGCGCUCCCUCGCCCGAUCCGAAACCGCUCACCCCGCGCACCCUCCUCACGCGCCUCACCCAAGCCCAGCCCACCCACCCACGCUCGCACAAGAACGCGCACGUGUACACGAUCGCGGCCCUGCUCGCGCUGUCCGCCUCGCCGCUCGCGCACCUCGGCGCCCCGCGCGUCGCCGCCCUCCGCGCCUCCUUCCCGGGCAUCACCCGCAGCCGGCAGGACAAGAAGAUCGAGCGCGCGCGGGUGUUCAGAGAGCGUGCGCGGGAGAAGCAGCUCGAGUCCGCGUCCGCGUCUUCGUCCACGUCGUCGGUGUCUGGAAGCGGGCGAGGCGCGAGAGCGAGGAAGGCGGAGAGCGAGACGACGACGCCUCCGGCAGUGAAGGAAACGAAGAUACCUAUACCUACGAUGACCCAGCCCGCGCCCGGCCCCGAACAGCAGCGACAACACCAACCGCAGCGGAAGCAGCCCGAGGCGCCCAAGCCCACGUACGAUCCGUGGUCGGACGCCGAUCGACGGGUCACACUCGGCGUGUUCACCGGCGACGGACGUUGGUGAAUCGUUCUCCUUCCCCUCCCGCCGCCGCCCGACACACCCCACCCCCACCCCCACCCCCUAUCCUCUCUCCUCGCCUUCGUGGAGACGAGGCAACGUUUGUUAAUGUGUACGAACGAGACGACGGACUCGGGCAUAUCCUUUUUUGUCUCUCUCUCUCUCUUCUUUAUCAAGAAUCUCUUAGACGCC